CCGAAAGUCAAUGAGGCCAAUCACCUCCCUUGGUCGUGUUAGUGCCCCUAUAGAAUGACGAGUACGUAUAAAGAUUCAGCCACUGCAAGCCUAAAGGAUGAGGAAGAGUUCACGGAUAUAUUGGAGGAGAGGAGGCGCACCACUGAUCUUGGUUAUGCCCUGAGAACCUUUAACCCGCAACCGUACAAAGGAGCCCCAACCCUUUCCACCUCUGACCUCAACAAAGCUGUACUGGAGUCCCAGUAUCUGUGCUAUAUUAUCAAAGAGAUUGCCAUGGAGACGGGGUCAUCUGUGGAGAAGGUGAAAGAAGAUGCUUCUAGGAUUUUGAAGGAAAUGUCUCACAAUCUGCAGCUGGGGUUUAUCAGGCUAAUGGGCUACACUCUAAACAAGGUGUUCAAGAGACUCUACAGGAGCAUCUAUGUCAACAUGGAAGGACUCAACAUGUUUGUUUCAACAUAUAUAGUAGAAUGA